GGCCUUCUUCCGCUGCUCAAAUCCAUUCACCGCCCAGUUGAACUCAAAAAAUAUGCCGGCGAAACGUUGGGGAUCGACGGGUAUGCGUGGCUCCAUCGUGGCUCCGUGGCCUGCGCCAUUGAGCUAGCCGAAGGCAAGCCGACCCGCAAAUAUGUAGACUUCGCCAUGCACCGUAUUCGGAUGUUCAAAUACUUCGGCGUGAUGCCGUAUGUCGUCUUUGAUGGCGAUUUCCUUCCCAGCAAAGCCAAAACGGAGAGUUCGCGGCUCAAACGCCGCGAGGAGAGUAAGAAGAUUGGGCUGGAGCUCCUCAGAGCGGGAAAGCCGUCACAGGCUUAUUCCGAGCUUCAGAAGGCCAUCGAUGUCACACCCGAGAUGGCUCGUCAUCUGAUCGAAGAGCUCAAGAAGGCCGACAUCCCGUAUGUUGUUGCACCGUACGAGGCGGACGCUCAACUUGUGUACCUUGAGCGCCACGGCUUUAUCAACGGGAUCGUGACGGAGGAUUCUGAUCUCCUGGUUUUCGGUGCCAAGCGUCUCUUGACCAAAAUGGACCAGCACGGCCAGUGUAUUGAGAUCAACCGACGGGACUUUUGCUCUGUCCGCGAGGUCUCCCUGACCGGUUGGACGGACCGUGAGUUUCGUCACAUGGCCAUCCUCAGCGGUUGCGAUUACCUAGAUGGCAUUAACAAUGUCGGCUUGAAAACCGCCUACCGCCUGAUUCGAAAGCACAAAACCCCCGAGCGUAUCGUCAAGAUGUUGCGCUUUGGUGGGAAGCACCAUAUUGCCGACACAUACCUCGACGACUUCAAGCAAGCGGAACUCACCUUUUUGCACCAACGUGUAUUCUGCCCCAAGAAGCGGGACAUUGUCCUGCUGACCGACCCUGAGCCCUCGGUCAACGUCGACGACAUGCUUUUCAUUGGCGCGCCGGUCGACACGGAGACCGCACGGUCUAUUGCUGUCGGGGACAUCAACCCUAUCACCAAGGCGCGCAUCGUGAUGCCACGUUCGCCGGGCAAGCGGACUAUUAGCCAAGCUCUUGCCCCAGUGAGCGGACCGGCAAGGAAUCUUGGAAAGCCUAUCACGGAGUUCUUCCAGAACAAGAAAUCUCGCCGCAUUCCGCUGGGUGAGAUGGAUCCGAACUGUUUUGCCGUCGAUCACAACCAAAACAGCAGUACCGCCGUCGAGGAGGAGCCUCGUCCCAUUGUGUUUCCACUUCCGCGGCCUUAUGUGGAGGGAGCCGAGGAGAUCGCAGCAGGCCCAGUCAGGCCAUAUACUAGCAACACUCGCCUCCGCCGGAAGACGGAACCUCUCUCGAAACUUCUAGGUUUCGAGGUGUUAGAUUCCUCGGAGCACCGUCGCCGGACAGCUGGACCGGCCAUCGAGAUAUACCAGGACACGGUCGCUUCGCCUCGUCCGCCCAAGAAGGUCCGUUUAUGCGAGGACUCGGCCGCAGAUGUCGAUGGCGUGGUCACUGCCAUACCAGAGAAGAGCAAGUUCUUCCCGUCGACCAGUCAGAAGAAGCCAGCCAAGAAGCAGAGGGACAGUGACAUCUUGUUGCUGUCGGAUGAUUCGAUCGAAGAGGCGUUUCGUAGCCUCCCGGAUCCUUCGUGGCGCUCGGAGAAGUCGGCCAAAUCUGGUACUGGCCUCAACGUCUUCCAAGAUUUGUCCCCCGUGAAGCCGAAACAGGACAUCCAAUCGCCGACCAAGAGUGAACAGGUGGAUAAUGACGAUGCGGUUGAAGUUCCCGCAUCAUCUCCAAUCCAGAGCGGAUCGGCAGCCAACCAACACAGCAACGGCAAUCCCAUGUCGGCCACUCCCCUUGGAGAUUUGCUGAAGGGGUUUUCUUAUAACAGUGCCCGGCCCCGGGCAAAGGUUGUCCAUGGCCUGCCCACUCCGGCGUCCAGUAUCCAGGAAACAGCAACUCCAAGGAGCAGCUCACAAACGACUACGCGAGGCCCCAUGAUGACACCCCUUCAGCGAAUGGGGGCUCAGGCUUUGAGACGCGGAAAGCCAUUGCCAAACUAUUCGACCCCGCCGACCCCGAUGUCGAGCGGCAGCUCUCGGCCGUCUGCCUCACUCCCAGUGGAUCCGGCUUUCAUACCAUUGCCGAAGGUGGAUGUGGAGGAGGUUGAGGCGCUGAACCGGUCCAUGGGUAGCGAGGAUCAGAUCAUCCCCGAUAGUGAUGGGGAGGAUGAUGCCGAGCACGACAGAUCCAUGGCGCCACGCCAUAGCGCUGGCGUUGGGCCGAUUUGUUAUGGAUUCAGGACGGCGUUUAGAUGUGAAAGGCAGGUGCAGCCCAGGUUAGCCAUCUUGGGGUUUUCUAAUCGGCGCGAGCGCUUGAAAGAUGGGGGAUACAGCGAACGCCUGCGCGGCUAUGCCCAGUCUUUUGAUGGCCUUUUGUCGCUGAUUCCGGCGAAGAUGUAUUACGGGGAGGACACAAGUGACCAAUGGAAAAAGAAGAAGCAAACUAAGGACGAGGCCCGUGCUGCCAAGCGGGGGAAGCUUGACCCGGACAGCGAACGGAACCGGAACGCGAAGGAGGUGUUGGAUGAGCGGGCGCGGAAUAAGCGGAAGUUACGCGAGAUGGAGGAAGAGGAAGAAGAGGUAGACGGGGACAGCGAGGAUGGGUCAGAGCAGGAUGAUGAUGAGAGUGAUGUCGCUGGGAUUGAGAAGGAGAAGCCCGGGGAGGGGCUGAAGAAGAAGAAGUUGAAGCUGGAUGAGGAGGCCGCGGGAGAGGGGCAGGAGAAGGAGGUUUCGGAGAAGAAGGUUGUGAAGGAAGCGAAAGAGGAUGGGGAGGAGACUGCUUUGAGCAAGAAGCAGAAGGCGAAGGAGGAGAAAAGGUUGGCGAAGAAGCAGAAGCAAGAGGAGGCUAAGAAGUUGAAGGAGGAGAGUGCUAAAGCGGGGACGGAGGUCGAGAAGGCUGGGAAAGCGAAUAAGGCAGCGAAACAGCCGAUCAAGGAGGAUGAUGGCGAGUGGGAGGACGAGGAAGAGCCUAUCCAGCCUUCUGCCGAGGCCGAUGCCGAUGCCGAUGCUAACAGCGAUGACGGAGACAUGGCGCCUAUUGACGUUGCCGGCCUUGCUAACGAAGACGACACCAGCUCAGCAAAUUCGGCCCCUGAGUCGCCCGUGUUUGACACCAUCAAGAACGACUCAGUCGAGGCCGCCAGCACCACGACUUCUAUCUCUUCCACCGUCCCGCCAUCAGAAAAGCCCAAGUACCUCAAGAUCCCCGCCGAUACCACCGCUCUCCGCGCCCGCCUUGAAGCCAAGCUCGUUGCUAUGCGCGCCGCCCGGAAAGCCGACGACAACGAUGGAAAGCCGAUCCGUACAAGACAGGACCUGAUCGAGUCGCGGCGGGAAAAACAGGCUCAGCGCAAGGCACACAAGCAAGAAAUGCGACGGCUCGCCAAGGAAGAGGCCGACAGGAAACGGGAAGAGACGCUCAGCAGUGCGCGUAACUCUCCCGGCAUCAGCACCCUCCUCGACCAAGACGACGACCGCAACGCCAACAACUUCGCCUUUGGUCGCCUCGCCUUCUCCGACGGUACCCAGCUAUCCCACGACCUCAGCUAUGAGAAAGGCCCCGCCAGUGCUAAGAAGAAGGGUCCGUCAGACCCCAAGACGGCACUCCUCAAGCUCGAAGCGCAGAAGAAACGCAUCGCCGUCAUGGACGAGGACAAGCGCAAGGAGGUACUCGAGAAGGAGACAUGGCUGGCGGCGCGGCGGCGGGCCGAAGGGGAGAAGGUGCACGACAGCGAGUCGCUGCUCAAGAAGGCGCUCAAGCGCAAAGAGAAGUCCAAGAAGAAGUCGGAGCGCGAGUGGAAGGAGCGGGCCGAGGGUGUCAAGACGGCUAUCCAUGAGCGCCAGCGCAAGCGCGAGGAUAACUUGCGCAAGCGUCGCGAGGAAAAGUCUGCUGGCAAGGGUGGGAAGAAGAAGAAUAAGGGUGUCCAGACUAAGAAGAAGAGCCGGCCGGGGUUUGAGGGUGGGUUUGGUGGAGGGAGAAAAUGA